UGCGCCUGUUGAUGCUCCUGGGCCUCCCCAUGAGAGUCCUGGACCUUUCCUUGCUCCUGGCUCUUCUGGCGAAGAUUCGUCAACAGAUCCACGGUUUUUGCAAGUGCUCGAUAUCCAAAGUCAAAACGUGAGUAUUCAAGCCCAACUCGAAGACCUUGAAAAAAGGCUGAAACAGCUUAAAGCAGGAGACGGCGACGAAGCUGGUUUGGGGAAUGAUGUUAUGAAUGUCCGAUAGAAUGAGGUAAAAAAGGUAGUUUAAGUUCUCUCUCCACUACCUACAACCAGCGCAUCCACAUGUACGAUGUAAGGAAUCGUGCAUGCAGCUGCUCAGGCAUACAGCUCUACCACUAGUUGUAUGAGUUUCUAAACACACAGGCGACAAAACUUCCAGCAAAUCUCCGAAAAAUAAGGCUGGUUCGGGAAAAGGCCAAAAGUCCAAGAAAAGCAAAGCGGCAGCAGGCGAAAGAGAAGGGG